GAUAGUAAGUUAUCAAAAACCGAAUGGCUUGUACAUCGUUGGCUUCCCGAAGAAAAUUUUCGUAGUAAAUGUAAUAUUGUAGUGAUAGUGGUGUACUGAUUUUAUUUUCGACAAUAUAUGUCUCUGAAAUAAAUAGAUUGAAGUUAAUGUCGAAUAUCUUUUUUAAUAUGAACUUAUAUUAUUAAGUUUAAGAAUCUCGGGGAAAAUAAAACCGCAUCCGUUCCGACAACACUCGCUUGUAGCUGUUUAACCGAAAGUCCACCGUUUCGCCGCGCCCGGCCCGUUCCGGUCAGACCAAAUUAACUUAACAAUCCUAACGUUUUCGUAUAGAUCUCCUUUUACAAGGAGCAGAUAAUUUCAACACAAAAACUCAAGUUACAUACGAACAGCAGUUGAAAUGCCCGGAGCAGGCACUUUCAAAUUAUUUAUAGGGAAUCUUGAUGAAAAGACGCAGGCUACUGAACUGCGACCAUUAUUUGAGAAAUACGGUACCGUUGUGGAAUGUGAUGUCGUGAAAAAUUAUGGCUUUGUUCAUAUGGAAACAGAACAGCAGGGACGCGACGCUAUCCAAAAUUUGAACGGGUACGUUUUGAAUGAUAAUGCUAUAAAAGUGGAAGCGGCAAAAAGCCGUCGCGCUCCUAAUACGCCAACAACGAAAAUCUUCGUGGGAAAUUUAACGGAUAAAACGCGAGCACCCGAGGUGCGCGAAUUAUUUCAAAAAUAUGGAACCGUCGUCGAGUGUGACAUCGUUCGUAACUACGGUUUCGUCCACUUGGACUGCAUCGGUGACGUGCAAGAAGUCAUCAAGGAGUUGAAUGGUCGCGUCGUUGACGGUCAACCACUUAAAGUCCAAGUUUCUACUAGCCGUGUUCGCCCUAAACCUGGCAUGGGUGAUCCGGAGCAGUGCUAUCGUUGCGGUCGUUCCGGCCAUUGGUCUAAAGAAUGUCCACGAUUAUACGGCGGUGAUCGCGGUUUAAGUGCCGGCGGCUAUAGAGACCGAAUGUACGGUCGUGAUCCGUAUCCUCCACCACCACCACCACCACCAUUCUUACGUGACAGGAUCAUGGAUGGCUUUAGGGAUUAUGAUUACUAUGAUCGUAGGUUUGAAGAUACUCGCGACUUAUUCGAGAGGCGUUAUCAAAGCUCCAGAAUGCGUGAUUUCCCUCCUCCACCCCUGUCUCGUCGAGAACCCAUGCCUCUUCCCCCACCGCUAAGUGGCAGUAUAAGGGGAAGCAGUUUGUCCCGUGGUUACGACUCAAUGUUUAGUCGUCGGUCUCCACCACCUCGGAGCAGCAAUGGUCUUAGCCGCUAUGGAUAUGAAGAUUUCAGUCGAGAUUCAUUUGAUGAUAGAAUGAUUUCCUCUAGGGGAAUGCGCGGACCAUCACCGCCUGGCCGUCGCUAUGCACCGUACUGAGAUGAACUUUACUUCGGCCGCAUGACUUAUAUGAGCGGCAGUUUGUGUUAGGGAUAAACACAUACAGUUCACAGUCAAAUGACAAUUCAAUUAGAUGUACUAUUAUUAAACACAUAUUUAAUUUUUCAAUAUUUAAAUCAAUUUAAUGAUUUUCAAACCACAUUGUAUAAUAUUUACAAUUUGAAACACAAUUAAGUUACUCGUUUUUGUUUACUUUACGUUUAUGUAUAAUCACAACGUAAUAACAUGCAACGUAUUAAAUACAUGAUUCUAAAAUAACUAAAUAGCAGUCAUUGAUAAAGCAAUUGCAAAAACAUUCUAAAAAUAUUGUACUAUUUCUGGCUCCAUCAAUAAACACAUUGAAAUAAUUACAAA